ACAUAUCCCAUUUACUGAUACAGCAUUAAUGCAGCAAAGAAUUAUAUUUUAUGGUUUUAUGAGUUUGUGGGUGGUACAUCUUGAUAAAAAUGGACUUCAGUGAAAUUUUGGCAAAUCUGGAAGUGUAUUGGGACAUUUUCCUUCUGAAUCUGGAUGAUUUAAGAAAAGAUGUAAAUGGCAGAUGUGUUGGUGUAGAGCCGUGGCAGUUGAUUUCUUUCUCCAUCGGGAUCACAUUGAUUAUAACAUGGAUUUACCAAUGGCUCAAUCAUCCAGAACUCACCAUAAUGCAGCGUGUGAAAAGAACCUUCUUCACAUGUGUCAAAAACAUGCCAUACGUUAAAGGAAAGGUGAGGUUUGAACUUUAA